UGCUGGCAUUUCCGGUAGGAAUGCGCACUGGUACACUUGGGGCUGUCGACAGACUAAUUCUUACUUGAUUAGGAAGUGAGAGAAAGAUGUGAGUCACAUAAAGGAUGGAUAGUCUGUUUACAUGGUCGAUGUUUCUUGUUCUGGGGAUUUUACUGCAUUUAUCAACUUUUCAGACUGUAAAUGGUGCAUAUAAGAAGGAUGCAACAAUAUCAGAGACACACAGGCAGACAGAUAUUGAGGAACAAUAUGAGGUGACAUCAGCAACAUUUUACCAUGAUCGUGCGAAAAGGGAAACAACUCUACAUAAGGGUCGACACUUGGAUGACGUAACACUAGUUUUCCAGGCACACCAGAGGAAAUUUACUGUAGAUCUUACACUAAAUAAACAUUUAUUUUCUAAAGCAUACAUAGAAAAAACUAUAAAGGACAGUGGCAGCCAUAUAUACAAACCAGAAAACCAUAUAUCCAAUCAUUGCUUUUACCAUGGUGGCCUGCGAGAUACUCCUAACUCUAUGGCAGCUCUCAGCACAUGCGGAGGAAUCAAUGGGUUUGUUACUGUGGACCAUGAGACUUACCAUGUUGAGCCUGUGGACGAGGCGGUACCAGGCUCAAUCAAGGUCUACAAGGAGGUGUCACUGGGUCCUAAUCCAGGCUCUCACACACAUUGUGAAUCAGAUGACAAACAAUCCAUAUUUUUUGUCAAUGGCACAGUCAACAAUUUGCACAGGAAGGAAUUUUCCCAAAGGGUGAGGCGGAGUAUCAGGGGACCCUAUGAUGGCAACGAGAAUGCCAGAUUUGUGGAACUCUUCAUAGUUAACGACCACCGCACUUUUGAACGACAGGGACGUAAUAAACAAACACUGAUCCGAAGGUCACAGGACAUAGCUAAUAUUGUUAGCAGGUUGUACCGUCCACUCAACAUUUACAUUGCCCUUGUGGGGGUAGAGAUAUGGUCGGACUCGGAUCAGGUUACCAUCUCACCCUAUGCCAACUCUUCACUGGAGAAAUUCCUCUUGUACCGCAAACAACGCAUCAACCCCUACCACCAGAAUGACAAUGCUCAGCUCAUCACGGGCCAGACAUUCAAUGACGGUGUUGUGGGGAAGGCAAUAAAAUCUUCUAUAUGUACCCACCAGUACUCUGGAGGCGUGGACAUGGAUCGUACUAGAAUUACUCAUGUGGCUACUACUGUUGCUCAUGAACUCGGCCACAACUUUGGGAUGGACCAUGAUAACUACUCUGUAUGUCGGUGUAAACAGGAGAAGUGUAUAAUGGCGCCCACCAGUGGAGGGUCCCCGAGUCCAUCCCAAUGGUCUACCUGUUCCCGAGUGGCAAUCAUUGAGGCCUUCGAACUUGGUAUGGACUACUGUCUGAAGAACAUGCCAGAAAACCUAUAUGAGGGGCCAGUCUGUGGGAACACAUUUGUGGAGGACGGGGAGGAGUGUGACUGUGGUUUGGCAGAGGACUGUACAAGUAAAUGUUGUAAUGCUUCAACAUGUCGACUGAAACGAGGGGCCGAGUGUGCCACAGGCAGCUGUUGUAAUCAGGACACUUGCAAGCCCAAACCAGCUGCCACCCUAUGCAGGGCUGCCAUGGAAGAAUGUGAUCUUGCAGAGUUUUGUAACGGAGAAUCUGAGUACUGUCCAAGUGAUGUCUAUCUCCAGAAUGGUCUUCCCUGUAAGGACAAGCAAUCGUACUGCUACCAAGGGCUCUGUAAGACCCACACAGACCAGUGCAGCAUGUUGUGGGGGUCAACCGGGCGGGUGUCCGACCCCAUCUGUUUUAAGCACCUCAACACUAAUGGCAGCAAACAUGGCAACUGUGGCUACGACUGGAAAAGGGAGAAGUACAUUCGCUGUGAUAAAGAUGAUGUGAUGUGUGGAUUGCUACACUGUGUCCACCUGAAUGAGAAGUUAAUGUUCUGGCGCGAGAGUUUAGCCAAGGCCACUCCAGCCACUUUCCUCACUAAGGGCAGAGAACGAUAUGUGUGCCGGUCAGUCAUACUGGAUGUUGGACUGGACAUGCCAGAUCCUGGUAUGGCACCCGAUGGUGCCAGGUGUGGUGACAAGAAGAUUUGUCUUUCCAACAAGUGCACGCCACUUAGUAUGCUGCAGAUUUUGCCAUGUCCAAACUGCCAUGGCAAUGGGGUGUGUAACAGUAUGGGCCAGUGUCACUGUAACGAGGGGUUUGGACCACCCUACUGUAACAGUCCAGGGCAUGGUGGUAGCACCCACAGUGGACCAAUGAAAACCCUAGUAUCACAGGAGGUCCAGCACAAAGAGGACAACAGUCUGCUGAUAGGAAUGCUGGUGUUCUUUGCCCUCUUUGUCGUCCACUGUCUCCUCUGCCUUUUUGCCUACUAUCACAGAGAGAAGCUGACCAAGUGGUGGAAUCAACGUGCCUCUGCUCUUAAGUACAGUGUACCAUCAUUGCCCAGCAUCAAACUAGCAUCUAGGAACAAAAGGCAACCACCCCCUCCACCACGUCCAGGGGCAGGAGGAGGGGGCGGGGCACAGGAGCCAAAACAGACAAGUGCCAUGAUAAGAAAUGGGAAUGUGUCAGUGGAAAUUUCAUCACCAGUCCUACAGGAUAGUACCCCAAACCAAUCACAGUCCUCCUCUCAUACUCUGAAGAUUGGCCAAAAGCCCAAACCCCUUCCAACCAGACAAGUCCCUGCUCCUAAUGCAGAGAUGCCGACAGAGGCAGAAAAACCAAAGUCAGCAUUCUCUAAGAUGAUCAACCGAUCAGGAGAUUCUUCAUUCCAGUCAUUUUCAAAGUUAUUGAACUUAUCAAAAGACAAGGCAUCACCCAAUUCAUCACCAAAACCGCCAGUCAAACAAAUAACAUCCAAUCCCAUGUUCCAGCCUACAGAUCCCAUAGUAAAGAAGGAUUCUUUUAAUCGGGAUCGUGAAAUAUCAAAACCUGUUUUGAUCAGCACAACAGAUCGAAGGUCUAAAGCCUUUGUGAAGGACAAAAGUUCAGACAAUUUGGAAGAAGAUCAUGGAUUUUCAUUUGCAGAUUCUUUAAUUUCACCUCCACCGCCCCCAGCUCCUCGUCAAGCUCCUGCACGCAGGAAUAGGGCAGCAAGGGCCCCUCCUCGACCCACGUCACUUCCACCUCAGCCAAUCAAGGAGAAACUUCGCAAAGAGGAAGAGAAACAACUUGCUAGAAAAUCUGUGAUUGACCCUGGAGCAAGGUCACCUCCUCGACCCCCACCCCCUAAUGUGAACAACCAGUCACAGCCCUUUUCACAACAGCAGGAAAUGCAAAUACCACCUGUAAGUUAUAAUAACCAGAGUCGCAGAUUGAUUUUAAAUCCAAACUUGCAUACCAGCAGAAAUGUCAGCAGUUUUGAUGAGCCCAACCCAUCUCCAACUCCACGAGUUUUUACAGACAAAAGUCGAAAUAAGAUUGACUCCAGGCCAAAUGGACAUUCAUCUUCCAGUAAGGCAAAUUCUGUGUCAAUUAAAAACCCAGAAAAACAUAUAUCUGGGGAAUCUAAAGCCAAUGGUAGAGUUCCUUUAUCUACAAAUGCUACAAAGACAUCUUUUGACCUGAAAGGCAAAAAUGUGUUGUCAAGUAACAACAAUAACAAUAAGUUGUCAUCUGACACAAGGUCAAACUUAAGAUCAGAUACAACAUCACACAAAAACAAUAUACCCGAGCCUUCAACAAGAGGCUUUCAUCAUAUACCAGAUAAUAGAUCGGGUAAGAUGUCACAUGACAUCAAACCUAGGCAAACAGGGGAUGUGUCCAAACUUAGACAAACAGGGGAUGUGUCCAAACUUAGACAAACAGGGGAUGUGUCUAAAGCGAGGAAGCCAUUGCCCAAACCAUCUACACAGUCACAAAGCCGUAUACGAGAGACUGAUAUAAUCGACGACAAUGUCAAUCCAGAUGAGGGAUCUGGAUGUGUGGCUGAAAUCAAGGCUAUGUUUGAUGAGAUGGACAUUGGGCGAGGUCUAUCUGACAGCCCAGAAAAAGAGUCAACUCCUCCUCCUGUGUUAUCUAAGGUAACCAGAAACAAUUCUGGACCAGUAGACCGACCCAAGCCACCACCCAAACCGGGUCAAGGUUCAGCCAAGGUCAAACCAAGUCAAGGUUCUGCCAAGGUAAAACCAGGUUCAAAGGUCAGAAGUGUAAAUGUUUAAUAUUUUGUGACAACUUGAUUGAAGGAAAACUGCUAUGAAUGAUGGAAGAUAUUUCUUCAAUGUAAUGUUUAAAAAGUCAUUAACUUUUUGUGCAUUUGUUGCUUCUUUUUUUGAGUCACUGUAAAAAGACAACCACUAACUAUUACAGAGUGAAUAAGCUGUCUUGAUUUGAUUUGCUCUGUCAUAUUAAUAUAAGGUGUAUCUGUAAGACGUACUGAAGGAACCAUCUCUCAUGUUGUGUGGAUGAUAUCAUUGCACGGUGACAUCUAGGUAUCUUUCGAGAAUCUUCACAUAGAAAUAUAAGCUAAUGUUAUUAUUUCCUAAAAUGUAUAUUUGUAAUGAUAUGUGGUAAUUUGUCCAAUAUACAAUCAUUUAUAAGAAUUAACAAUUACACUGAAAAUAAUGCCCAAAGAACAAAACAAUUGAGAGGGGAGUGACCUUGAUAUUUAAAUUUUAGAUAAAUAUAGAACUUUGACAAAAUUUUAAGAGGGAUUUUUUUAUUACCAACAUAUAUCUGCAUAUUGUCAUUUGAUCGAGGUCACAUAGAAUUAUACAAAGUCCAGUGUAAGUCAAACAUAUCUUUUAUACAAAAAUAUCCAAGUUUUGGACAAAAUGUAAUGGAACUGGACUGGGUCUAUAGUAAGCGACCAGGUAGCUCAAUUGGUUCUUUUGAAUGACUUAGAGUUAUAUAUACUGAUAUUUUGCCUGUAGCUUAUUUAAUCCACAUUCAAGGUUAUAAGUGUGAGAUUAAUACCAAGCCAGAGAUGCAGGCCCAUUGGGCCUCUUGUUUGUAAUCCUGCUGAUGCAAACAAGUUGUCUGAAAUAUUCAUGUUUUACUUAAAACCAUUAAAUAGUUAUCACAUACCAAAUGUUCUGCUAACUUGUACCAAUCAGGUGUUCAGUGCAUGUUUACAUAACAUUGCACAUUUUAAUUAUGUGAAUCAUGUGUUCUAGUAGAGACUUAAAUUAUGAACCUCCAGAGACGGUAAAUGACCGCAGUGGUAUUUCUAUUAUUGAUUUACCCAAGGGCUGAUCUUCUAGUCAAGUUUAAGAAACUAUCAACUUUAUUUUAUUAAAGUUUAAAUCCCCUUCCUUCAGCAGUUUGUGUUUCCAAUUACAUUUCAUACUGCCUGUCUUACUUCUGUGCGAGAUUUAAUACAAUAGUGAUCCCCAACAAAGCAUUGUUCUGUUUUUCCUUUAACCUGUAAGGCCAUGUGUCGUUGAUAGAACAUGUUUAGUGUUGUAAAUAUGCUUUCUUCCAGAACACAUUAUGAGUGGUAUAUAUAUCUAUGGACAUUUACCUCAUUUAUUCGUUUUUUUCUACUUUAGGAUAUCUUACACCUUUCGUAUUGAACUGUGAUUAUUAGAGAUUUAAAAAUCUCAUUUUACUGAAUUUUAGUUGUUGGUGUUUUUUUCAAACCAGAUGGAUUUGUGAUUAAAGAGCUGUCUUUUUAAACUGUUUUUAACAAAAAAUACAAGGAUCGUUAGUGGUGCUUAUGCAGAUGAAUUACUGGUAUAUUUGUUAUUAUCCCCCGCUUUCACCGGGUCACAGGGUUUAAUGCCUGAAGGACUCUAUUUUGCAGAGUUAUGGCCCCUUGAUUAACGAAAAACAUCAUUAGCUAUAGUUUACGCUGAAUAACUCUAGCAAAUAUUAGCCAAAUUCCUUCAAACUUGAUAACAAUGUUUGUGUUCCUCUGUCUUUCCACCCAUCUUGGGUGAUAAUUGCUGUAGAUAUUGUUCAGAUGUUCCAACCAAAUUCCGUAUGCACAUCCGACUCAUGCCAAGUUUGCCAACAGAUGUGAUUUAUGCAUAUUUAUGGAUAAUCAAUGAGGUGUAGGUUGGAUUUUUUCAAGUUUCAAGCUAUACAUUAUGUCUCAACAGCACGAUGCUCGCAUGUUCAAACCUAACUUCAAUAAUGUUAACCUACAAUAUGUCCUGCAAGCAGGGGAUGUAAUUUUCACGAAUUUGCUUGUUUUUAGCUUUAUUUGGGGGCAUUUGAGACAAACCUUGGGAAAACCUCAAAUAAAAAGUCAUCUGUGAUUUUGCAUUCAACAUUCUUCCAGCUUCUCUUUCCAGAAUAAUUGUCAGUAUUAUUUUAUCACUGUAUUUAAUUUUAAUUUUGAAUUUGUGAUUUACUGAAGAUUCAAGAAUCAGGACACAAUGCUUUUUCUGAAUGUAAUUACUUACUGUAUUUUGUUAGGUUUUGUUACAAUUUUUAAUUGUUUUUACAUGUAUAUUGUAUAUCCUUUUGUACUUCAUGUAUUUAUUCUUUUGUUUAUACAUAUAGAUUCUCUAAGUUUCAGUUAUCAAUCAGUUUAAAGAGCACUCGAUAUUUGAGUUUUAGUUGGGUUUUUUGGGGGGGGGGGGGGGAGAGAGAGAGUUCUAUGCUCAUAUUGUGCAGGUAGAACUUUUUUCAACAUAUUAAUCUCCAAAAUAUGAACAGGGUGCAAAUUGCCUAAUUGCGCAAAUUAUACAAGUUUCUAUGGCAACUCUACAAAAUCAUUGCCAGAUUACCUCCCUUUACAGAAUUGACCAUGAAUAAUGUCGAGCUACAAAAUAUCCAGUUGCACAAUAUUUGGAUUCAGAGUGAUCACUUUAUUAUAACAGCACUGGAAUUAAUAUUGGAUACUUACAAGACAGCAUUAUAUAUGCUGAUCCAUUACAGCCAUGUGACGAGUUAUUGUCUCCGUUCAACUGUCUUGGUAAGUAUUUAGUGUUUUCUUCAACAGUGCUAUUAACUUGUACUUGUUUAUCAAGGCAUAUGGUAAAUAAUUUAUUUAGUGAUUCCGAAUUUGAAUUUGAAAUAUUGGCAGGUUUUUAUCUUAAUUGUUUCUAGCUUCUGUACAUUUUAAAUUACAAAGUUUGCUCACAUUGGACACAAACGCUUUUUUCCUUUGGUUAUUAUUAACCGAUACAUAUAAUUAUACUACACACGGUAUUACUUUGGAGGUAAUCUGGUAAUCUGCCAUUUGAACCACAAGUUCCUGUCACAAAGUACUUUAGUAUCUAACAUAUGUAUGAUGCAACCUGGAGGAUUCAUAUAAUUUUGACUAGUACCUGUAUUUUGAACCUUUCAGUUAUGCUCCUACUUUCAUAAUGGCAAUGUAAGUUGAAGAAAACAUGAACAAUAAAGUAUUUCAUAUUAAAUUUUCCUAUGUAUUGGUAAAAAUGAGGUUUGUUGUUCAAGUGUAUUUGGAAGGCAGAUCCAUUAACCUACAAGUAGUUUGCCAGACAGGUUUGACUUAACCCAGGGUCAGUCUGGGUCGAGUCAGCUCCAUAAAAACAAACCAUAUAUACAUAUAGAAGUACAUCGUACUUGUUCAUUGGUACUAAUUGGCAACAUUACUGUAAUCGUAACAAACAUAUUACAUGUAUAUACUCAUAUGGAAGAGUGUGCACAUAAAGGAUGUUAUUCAUGUGUGAUUGUUACUUGUUGUUUGAAGAUACAUAUUUUAAUGUAAUGUAUGCACCUAAAAGUCAUGUGAUAAUGGAAAGGUGAAUGAUUCCAUAGCUACAAACUAAGUUAUCUCCCUUGUGAAUACUUAGGUUAUAUGUAUUUAAUACUAAAAGACAUUGAAAUUUGAUAAAAAGAGAAAAAGAAAAUAAUUAAAUUGUUAUUUGAAUGAAGAGCUUUAAUUUCAGGACAAUAAUGUGUGGUUCAGAUUUGAAGAAAAUUAAAUGGAGAAAAUUUACAACAUUAUUUUAUUUUUUUUCUCUCUGUAAAAUUUAAGUGUGUGUUGUAGCAUGGCCUAUCUGACCUUUUAAUGAGUGUGUGAAAUCAUAACCGAUGUACAUACUUAUUUUAUCAUAAUCAACUUUGCUGGAAUUAUUCUGUUGAGGUUUUAACUUAUUCAUUUUUAAUAUGAGACACUUGGGCUUAAAGCAGAUUUUUUAUUUUCCUUUAAUAGACUGUAUUCUUUUUGUUUUGGCAACGAGUAUAUUCCAUUGCUAUGAAAAAGUGUUAUGGGUAAUCUGUACUAUCAUUAUGAGAUUAUUACCAAAUUCAAUUUUGGAAAACAGGAGCUAUUCCUGUAGUCUUCAUAAAGUAAACAUGAAUAUUUUUGUAGGAUGUUAUCAUUGUGUUGUGAAAUGUAAAGUCUUCUCUUACAGCUAGCUAGAAAAUCAUUGUAACUUAAAACUGGAAACUUUAAUUAGGACUACAAUAAAUAUCUAUUUCCUUUAAAGCCUGUGUUUGAGCAGUAUCAAGUUCUCACCCCAGAAAAAAACCAUGUAUUUCACCUUUAGGCCAAUAUUCUAGAAAUUGACAAUGAUAGCACCCAAUGAAAAUGGUCAUGUUUACCAUCUGUACACCAAUUGUUGGUGUGAUUCGAAAUAAUGACAAACUUGUUUAUUAAAGGCCAAGUGUUAUAUGAAUCCAUGUUCAAAAUCAUCGACUGAGCCACUGGGAUGGUUUGUCACCAUGUAUUUGAUUUUCUCAUUGAAUUUUAUUCAACCUCUACUUUUCUUGAGUUGAAAUAAAAAUAUAUUAUUAUAACACCA